AUGAACACAAUAAAGAAAAGUGAAUAUGAUAAAGAAUAUUACCAAAAAAAUAAAGAAAAGAAGGAUGAAAAUAAUCGAAAUUACCGAAAACAAAAUAAGGAAAAGCUAAGUGAAUAUAAUAAAGAUUAUUAUAGAAGGAAUAAAAGUGAAAGAAUUCAAAAUAAGAAAGAUUACUACCAAAAUAAUAGGGAAAGGAUACUGGAAAAACAGAAAAUGGAAAGGAUAUUGGAAAAACAGAAAAUAUAUUACCAAAAUAAUAAGGAAAAGCGAAAUGAAAACGCGCGAGAAUAUUACCGGAAAAGGAAAAACGUUCAAUCUGAUAAUAAUGAAGGGAUUUCAUUUGUUAAUCCACAGACUGGCGAUUUUAGUAAUAAAGGUAAACUACCAAUUGUUUGCGAGGAGAGUUCUGAGGAAGAAAAUCUUUUUAAUGAAGGGGAGGAGGAAGAAUACAAUAAUGGCGAGGAUGAGCAAAAUCAAAUCGAGGUUGAAGAGCCAAACAAAAUUCCUGAAGAUGACAUAAAUCAAAUAUAUUUAAAUAAGAAAAUUUAUCCUUUUGAUCUAAACGAGAUGCCUGAGGAUGAAGAAUUGGAAGUUUAA